UUUUUUUUUUUUAAGCAAAGAGGAGUCUUCCAUCUUAUGCAUAGAAGUGAUGUUACUGAAAAGUGUAGAAAAUAAGACUGAUAAAAACAUAAUGUGAAGCAUGUUUUCACAUCUGUGGAGAGCUGAAGUAUCUACUUUCCCAAUCUGUCUCUUCCACAAUCGCUGUGAGGCUUUGCCAUUUCGUCAAAAUGGCACUGGGGCCUUUUUUCCUUUGAAAAAUACUCUUUUUUGGCCGGGGGCGGUGGCUCACGCCUGUAAUUCCAGCACUUUGGGAAGCCGAGGCGGGCAGAUCACUAGGUCAGGAGUUCAAGACCAGCCUGGCCAACAUGGUAAAACCCCAUCUCUACUAAAAAAUACAAAAAUUAGCUGGGUGUGGUGGCUGGCGCCUGUAAUCCCAGCUACUCCGGAGGCUGAGGCAGGAGAAUCACUUGAACCCAGGAGGCUGAGGCUGCAGUGAGCAGAGAUUGCGCCACUGUGCUCCAGCCUGGGUGACAGAGUGAGACUCUGUCUCAUAAAAGAAGAAAGAAAAAAGAAAAAUAUUCUUUUUUAAUUUAAUGACUAAACAGAAAUGUGAGGUGGUUACAAUACCAAAAAAAUAACAGUAACUCUGACAUGUGUGCAUCCAUUUGUUUCCAGAGAAUGGAAGGAAACUGGGAGGGAAAAUUCUACAGACUCCAGGUGGGAAAUACUGUCAUACUUACUGUAGGUACCACAGCUAUGUGUGUGCAAUGCAUCUAUUAUGGAAUUAUGUUCCCAAAAAUAUACGUUGGAGUCCUCAUCCCCACUACCUCAGAAUGUGACCUUAUUUGGAAACAGGAUCUUGUCAGAGGUAAUCAAAUUAAAAUGUAGUUAUUAGGGUGGUCCUUAGUCCAAUAAGAAUGGUGUUCUUAUAAAAGGAGAAAAUUUGGACACAGAGACACACACAGAGGGAAGACGAUAGGACAAGAUACAGGGAAAGGAAAGCAGGUUCAAGCUGAGGAGAAAGACCUGGAAUAGGUCCUUUCCUCACAGCCCUCAGAAGGAAUUAAGACUGCUGACAUCUUGAUCUAGGACUUCUGGCCUCCAGAUCUGUGACACAAUACACAUCUGCUGUUUAGGUUACUUAGUCUGUGGUAUAUUAUUAUGGCAGCUGUAGUAAACUAAUACAGAAACCACGAACGACUGUAUUUGAGGCGCAAGUCCCUACCUAAUUUGCUCAUAAAUUGCCUUCUCUGAAAUCCCGUGUCCUCAAAGGGAAAUCACGAUUGCAUUAAAUGGGGGAAGCUCUCUUAUAGUACCACCUCUAAGAACACAUAAUUUUAUUGACUAUAUAUUAUGCACUGGUACUAAGGGCUUGGCCUGCCUCACCUCCUUUAUCACCUCCAUUUUACCCAGGAGGAAACAGACACAGGUGCACUUUGUCUAUCAUAGAUAAUAAUUCUUGCUGAAUCCAGGCAUGCCCCUGUCCACUAUGUCUGCACUAAACUAGAAAUACACUCUCAUGUUUACACCUUUUUUUUUUUGUCUUUUUCCCCUUUUGUGGAGAACAGGGUCUCGCUAUAUUGUCCAGGCAGUUCUUAAACUCCUGGGCUCAAACUAUUCCCCCAACUCCCACUUCUGCCUCCCUAAGUACUGGGAUUACAGGUGUGGGCCACUGCGCCCAGCACACCCUCACGUUUUUAAAGUCUUGCAAUUCUAUUUCCGCUUCUCAAAAGGUCCAAUCCUUUUCCUUAAACGUGAAUAUACCACACAAACGAACACGAAAUAGAAACAGGGACAAAAAAGUAUUUUUUUGACGAUGGCAAAAGGAAAAAAAAAAAAAGAAAGCUGUUUAGGUGGCAUUUGAAAAGUUAAAAAAGAAAGAAAACUCAGAGCAGCCCAAAAGACAGAUGAUACCUAAGAAGGCAUAACCAGCAAGACAUGUUGACUGUUAGUAUUAUUUCAGCAUCCUCCUUGAGCAGCUUGGCUUUGCUCUGGGACAAUGCACCAGCCUGGGAUGCUCAGAGAUGCAGGCACGGAGGUUGUGCAGCCUCUCCGCACACUGCGCGUACGCGGCUGCCGGUUGGUCCAGGACCGCAGGGAGGCGGGCAAGCGAAACUGAGAAAAACCCACCCACGGUCCAGGGACUGGGGGCUCGGGCGAACCCACCCAGGGACCUCCUGACCAAGGCCAUUUGUCUGCAACCUGAUGGCUAGAAGUGAUACCACCCUGAGCAUCUUCAACCCCCUUUCCCCACUCUACAGCCCCUUGUACUGUCCCUCCUUCCUCAUUCACACCCCUGAUCCAAACUCAAGCACUGAAUUUGUCCCCAGACGAGGGCCUCGGCUCUGCGCGGCCGCUGGCUGAGUAGCUUGGCCCGAUUCCGGAUGUGAAGUGAGGAGGAAUUGAUGCGGGUAAACAUAUAGCGCCGGCCCGCGCCGCAUCCCGGGUCUGCAGCUACAGCUGCGGCGAAAGCCCAAGGUGCGCGUGCGCGUAGCGCCACUAGGCAGCCCAGGACGCGCGGGCUCGGAGCCGGGCGAGGGGCCGCGGGAGGCGCGUGCGCAGAGCGACCCCGGGCGCGCGAGAAGGUCCUGAGUGCGCGUGCGCGGGGCGGGCGGGUGCGCGCGCACUUCCUCCUCGCCCCCACCCAGACCCAGAAGGCGGCACCAUGGCGGCGCCCCCGCAGCCCGUCACCCACCUCAUCUUUGACAUGGACGGACUUCUUCUGGAUACUGAACGGCUGUAUUCAGUGGUGUUUCAAGAAAUAUGUGAUCGCUAUGACAAGAAAUACAGCUGGGAUGUAAAGUCCCUGGUUAUGGGUAAGAAGGCAUUAGAGGCGGCACAGAUUAUAAUAGACGUCUUGCAGCUCCCGAUGUCCAAAGAGGAGCUGGUGGAAGAAAGCCGAACGAAGUUAAAGGAAGUGUUCCCCACGGCUGCGCUCAUGCCAGGGGCGGAGAAACUCAUCAUCCACCUGCGGAAACAUGGCAUCCCCUUUGCACUGGCCACCAGCUCGGGGUCCGCGUCGUUCGAUAUGAAGACAAGCCGCCACAAGGAGUUCUUCAGCUUGUUUUCCCACAUUGUGCUGGGAGAUGACCCCGAAGUGCAGCAUGGCAAGCCAGACCCGGACAUCUUCCUAGCUUGUGCCAAGAGGUUCUCUCCCCCUCCUGCUAUGGAGAAGUGCCUUGUCUUUGAAGAUGCUCCCAAUGGGGUGGAGGCGGCCCUGGCAGCUGGGAUGCAGGUGGUCAUGGUUCCUGACGGAAACUUGAGCCGAGAUCUGACAACAAAGGCCACCCUGGUGCUGAAUUCCCUGCAGGACUUCCAGCCUGAGCUGUUUGGUUUGCCCUCCUAUGAGUGAGAGGGAGGGCCUCAGUCUUCCGCCCCCAGCCCACUCUCAUGGUCCACACUGCUGGGGGAAAGGGAAAGGAAAUCAGCAACUCUUCAAUCCCAACCUGCGCUGUGAUUUUAGCCUCCUGAGAUUGGAGUUUCCAUCCCAUGUUGGUUUGUCCCAGUCUAACGUGUUGAUAAAAUGUGACUUGACGGUUGAGACAAAAAAUACAGUAGAGACAGAAACGAAGCCCAGAACAAAGAUGAAACUUGAAUUACCAUCUCAGAAGUCAAGCUGAUGGAGUAUGUGAUAAAGUGAAUGUACAUGUAUAUACACACGCACUUCCAUAUAUACACGUGUGUAUCAGUUUGGUAAUACGCAGGUAGGCAUUACAUGCAUAUGUAUGUAGACAUAUGCAUGCAUGUAUAUGUAAAAUAUAUACUUUUCCAAGACAAAAUGGAACAUCACUUCUCUCUUCUAGUUUGUCUGAACACUGGCUGGGAAAUGUAAACUGUGUAUGCAUAUAAGUAUAUGCUUUAUGUAUGCAUAUGUAUGUAGAUAUGUUUAUAUCUAUCAUCUGCAUCACUCUCCUCAGUGUUGAUGUCAACAUGCAAUGACAACUGAUAAAGCGAGAUGGUAGUUCUGCCUGGUUUGCAGUCUGAGUGGGAAAGUCCUGUUUUUGAUGAGCACUCCUUGUUAGCUAACAUUUAAAUUCUUUUUGUGACCUCAGAAUGUCUCUGGAUCUUUCCUCAUUGACUGACUCUGAGCCACAUCAUCCAUAGUUUAUUGUUAGUAUGAACACAACUGUAACAUUUACCUGGUAUCUACAUCCUUACCUGCAUUAGAAAAUGUUUGCUACCUCACAACAACCAUUUGCCUCCUUUAAGAACACUGAUGGGCUGCACUUUUUGGAUAGAAAUAGAAUUUGAUUUCAGAAUGUAAUGCUUGGUGAGUCUCAGUGCCCAGGAACACUUUUGGAAUAAUUUAUCAGACAUUGAACUUCUGUGAUUAAUCGCUUUUAUAGAUUUACUCAGUCUUUAAAAUUCGUCUAUGAUUUGCCAGAGAAAAACGGUGGUAGCCAUGGAAAUCGGGAGUGAAGGAGCACUGCUUCGUUGUGGCUCAGCCCUUCCUAGGGGCCUCUGCCCUUUGAUGUCCUUGAGCUACUCUUCAGCUCUGGAAGUUGUGGACAAACCGUAGGAAUGUAUGUGUGCGUGUGGUGGAGUGAUUGUCUGUGAAUGACAGGCCCUGGCUAUUGAUUGAUGUUGCAUCAAUUUAGCAAAUUCAUUUCCUCAUUCUUGAUGGCCUGAAUAUAUGUCUGCACUUUUAAUGCUCCUCUUAACCAGUUGUAACAUCUUACCAUUUCCCUAACAAAUUGAAUUAGUUUAAUAAAAUCUUUUGACACAUGUU